GUUCGUAACGGACACAAGUUGGUGUGUGUUAUAAGCCAAGUAAUGUUUACAUUUCUCCCUGUGAACGUUGCAUUCAAUUGUCUCGUCGUUUUAUGUGUUGGAGUAAUGAUGUGUUAUCGUGAUGUAUUAUCUCUGAUCAAAAACGGCUCUCCACUGACAGUGUACGUACUAGUAUAGCCGAUCUUUGACGUGUAUAAUGACUGGUUCUUUGUUGACUCGCAUUAAUGCAGAUAUACGAAAAAGAUUGAGCAAGUACAAAUUGUGAAAACGGAUUUAUUUUACACGUUGGUUCUGACUUGAGAAUACUUCUUUAGGAACUUUGCAAAGCCUUGUGGAUAUGUAUAGUGUAUAAUGGCUCUCACAUUCAUUCUUGACCACAAAACAUCAAUCUUAGACUGAAUAUCCCUCGUCUGGCUGCAUUGUUUAUCAACAAAACCCGAUUUUAUGUAAGCGGUGUGACGUCAUAAAAAAUCGCCAUGACCCAACGUCAUUCGUGUUGCGCAAGAGUCGCCCUUGGUUUCGUGGUGGUCGUUGUUCUACUCCAGUGCAUCGCUGUUGUCACGCCGUUCUGGGUUUAUGUGUUUGAAGGGUCCUAUCAGGGCUACUUUGGACUGUGGCAGACAUGUUAUGAGGGUUCAACAGAUGAUCAAUAUAUCUGCAUGGAUGUCUUCAAGGACAGCCGAUAUAACGCUAUGUGGUUCUACCUGGUACAGGCUUUUACCUCUUCUGGUUUAGUUGCGGCACUAGUAACAAUGGCGGUAACUAUUAACCAACACUGUGGCAAUCGGAUCGACGCAUGCGUGACUGGCCUUCUCUCAGUAAUGAGUUACAUCACAUGCGCCAUUGUGAUAACAAGUCUCGUCUUCUUCAUCCGAAACGUGAAUGGAAUCGGUACGAUUUCCGGUCUGACAAUGAACUACGUGCCGUACAUGUCCGCUUCCGUGUAUGCUUCAGGUGGAGCCGUGAUAUUUAGCAUGCUAGCAGGGUCCGUAUUCGUCAUUGUCGCCUACAGUGCCAACAAAGGCACGGAAUUCGAAGAACCGGAGGACGGGAUAAGUACAAGAGAAGGACGGGCGGAUGUCAAAUAG